AUGAUUGGCAUUCAGAUACAAUGUAAAGAGGUGCUGGUGGAAGAGUCGGAUGUGGCCAAGGCAUUAGUCGAGUACGUGAACCAGGCAGGGAUCGAGGUAUUGGUGAUCGGUACCUCUUCCAAAAGCGGUUUUCUCAGGUUCAGCAAACCGACGGAUAUUCCAGGAACGAUCACGAGGGCAGCACCCGAUUUCUGCACGGUUUACGUGAUAUCCAAAGGAAAGAUCUCAACUAUGAGAUCGGCUUCUCGUGCAGCACCGUCUGUUGCUCCAUUGCGUAGCCAGCUUCAGCAGCCUAAUCUAAAGCCGCCCCAGCCAUUGCCCUCUCCUUCCACUACCGCUUACCGAGCCGAGAGACAAUCAUUCGAGUCGCAGAGAAAGUCCAUUGAUACUCUAUCAGAUUCCUCCUUCAGGUCGCCAUUGACAAGAAGAGGAAAACAUGGGAGCUCGAACGGGGAUCUCUCUGUUCCGGAAUCAGACAUAUCCUUUGUCAGUUCUGGAAGGCCGAGUGUGGAUCGGAUCUACGCAAACUUCAACGACUCUGAACCAAGCCGAACUCCUCCAAGGCUGUCAAACUUUUCAGAUGCUAGCUUCGACACUAUGUCAUAUGGAAGGAAAUCAUUGGAUAUAAUGAACUCGCCCCCCGACUUCUCGUCCUUCGAGAGCGAGAGGUUUUCAUCCGCCUCCCAGACAAUGGAUGACGUAGAGGCCGAGAUGAGGAGGCUGAAACUGGAGCUGAAACAGACGAUGGAAAUGUACAGUACAGCUUGCAAGGAAGCCCUCACAGCGAAACAGAAGGCAAUGGAGCUUCAGCGUUGGAAGUUAGAGGAAGGACGGAAACUGGAAGAGGCAAGGCAUGCUGAGGAAGCUGCAUUGGCAAUUGCAGAGAAGGAGAAAGCCAAAUCCAAAGCAGCCAUUGAAGCAGCUGAAGCAGCUCAAAGGAUUGCAGAGCUCGAGGCCCAGAAGAGGGUCAAUGCAGAAAUGAAAGCCCUCAAGGAAGCUGAAGAAAAAACAAAGGCCCUUAACGCAUUAGCACACUCAGAUGUCAGGUAUAGGAAGUAUUCCAUCGAGGAGAUUGAACGUGCAACCGAGUUCUUUGCCGAGAAAUACAAGAUCGGAGAAGGAGGGUACGGUCCUGUCUUCAAGUGUUUCCUCGAUCACACACCAGUGGCCGUCAAAGUUUUACGUCCAGACGCAGCUCAAGGAAGAUCUCAAUUUCAGCAAGAGGUCGAGGUGUUAAGCUGUAUAAGGCACCCGAACAUGGUUCUCCUGCUCGGUGCAUGCCCAGAAUGCGGGUGCUUAGUUUACGAGUUCAUGGCGAAUGGAAGCUUGGAAGACCGCCUUUUCAGACGAGGAAACAGCCCGCCUCUGUCUUGGCAAACCAGAUUCAGAAUCUCUGCGGAAAUCGGUACGGGACUCUUGUUCCUCCACCAGACCAAACCAGAACCGCUGGUUCAUCGUGAUCUUAAGCCCGCAAAUAUCUUGCUAGACCGAAACUUUGUCAGCAAGAUCGCCGACGUUGGACUUGCCAGGCUGGUGCCUCCAUCUGUUGCAGAUAACGUGACACAGUACCGGAUGACGUCAACUGCCGGAACGUUCUGCUAUAUCGAUCCAGAAUAUCAACAGACGGGCAUGCUGGGUGUGAAAUCCGACAUCUACUCCCUCGGCAUCAUGUUUCUGCAGCUGCUGACAGCAAAGUCACCAAUGGGUCUGACCCAUUAUGUGGAGAGGGCCAUCGAGAAAGGGACCUUCCGGGAUAUGCUAGACCCGGCAGUACCCGACUGGCCGGUGGAAGAGGCCACCGAGUUUGCGAAAAUGGCGCUGAAGUGUGCAGAGCUGAGGAGGAAAGACAGACCAGAUCUUGCCAAAGUCAUAUUACCAGAGCUGAACAGGUUGAGAUUACUUGCGGAAGAAUCGACACAGUCGGCGGUUGUCAUCAACAGCCCUGGACCAUCACCCACCACCAGCCAGUCUUCCUUACAUCUGGAACAGAUCAGUAGUAAUUCCAUCCCAGUUCCUCAGUAAUAUAUACACGCAGAUGCAGUUACCAUCAAAGACAGACAAGAAUCCUCGACUGAAACACUUACAGAUGCUCUUUAGGACAAAGAGAUGCAGUAAAACGGCACUCUUUCCAUCGUAGAAGCUUCCAAGUUUUUUUUUGUACAGAUGAUUACGAAUUAAUCUAACCAUCUAUAGUUCAAGA